AUUUAUAUCAUGCUGCAUUGACCCACUAGAGAUAUGAGAUCGAGGAGAGAGAGAAAAAAAGAAGAGAGAGAGAGAGAAGAGAUGAAAUGAUGAUGAUCAUAGCUUGGAAGUCAUCAUCACUUGUAUGACAUCCGAUCUUCAAUUUUCUGAGGAGAUAUCUGAUCUUCCUUUCUAGGUUGGCUUUCAUGGCAUACCAUAUCAUGUUGGCUCAUUAAGAGUAUAACUAGUCUCUGGCACCACAAAAGGAGGCCCAUUUCUCACCUCCACCUUCCGCCACCAUUACAACCACCUCCACCACCACCUCCAUAUAUCAAGAUUCACAUACCAACAUAGUCCACUCUCCUACAAUCGGUACUCUCUCUUUCUCUGUGUGUGUGUGUGUUUUUGUGUGUGUGUAAAGAAUGAAGCAAACAAGAUUUUUGGACAAAAAGAAAGUCGGAAAUCUUCAAUACUAACCAGAUUACAGAAGCAGAAAAGAGCAAGAAAAACAACAUCAGAUUGUGAAUUGAUUGUUUGGCAAAGUUGUGGUGAAGAGAAAAAAACAGAAGGAAAGAAAGAAAGAAAGAAUUAAAAUAGGGACCAUGGUGGUUUCAUCCAGUGGCUAUUAUUACUCAGAGUCUUCAACUAGCAACCCUAAUAUCCAGACCACCCAUGCGGUGAACCAACAGUUACAGAGCUUUGAUCAGUCCAACCCAUCAGAGAUCUACAACUUGGCCACAAGCAUGGAGAUGAUAGGGUUUCCACCGAAGAAUAAUCUGCAGCAAGGGUUCUCCGGCAAGCCUUCGUCUUCGAUGACAGUGGACGUUGAGUCCACCAGCAAUCAUUUUUAUGAUCACUUCAACAAGGGUAGUGAUUUCAGAGGUGAAGAGAACCACAACCACCUAAUGGUGGCACCAGAUCAGUCAACAGCUUGGCAUGCCACUACUAAUACUGAUUCAUCAUCUAUGAGGUGUAGUGUGUUUCCUCGUGAAGGUAAUGAAAGGCCAAGUCAAGGCCUUUCACUCUCUCUCAGCUCCACCAAUCCUUCCACUAUUGGGUUACAGUCUUUUGAACUGAGACAACAAGAUGACAUAAAGUUCAUGCCUUCAAGCUCUAGAGAUAUUGGGUUCUUUGGUAAAUCACCAUCCAUGAAUAAUAUUCAACAACAUAUGGUGCAAGAUGGGUUUUUGGGAAAAGCUGCAAAUCUUCAGAAUUUAGGUCAGUUUCAGAUGAGGAACUCAAAGUACUUGGGUCCUGCUCAGGAGCUUCUGAAUGAGUUCUGUAACCUUGGAACAAAGCAGCAAAGUACUGGUCAUGACCCACCAAAGAUAAAGCCCCACAAGAGCACCACACAGUGGCAGAUGGAUGAGAAUGCAAGUGGUUCGUCUUCUAAAAAGUCACCUUUGAACACCCUUGAAUUCCUUGAAUUGCAGAAGAGAAAAUCAAAGCUAUUUUCCAUGCUAGAAGAGGUGGAUAGAAGAUACAGGCACUAUCGAGAUCAAAUGAAGGCUGUAGUUUCGUCUUUUGAGGCUGUGGCGGGAAAUGGGGCGGCAAUGGUGUACUCGGCCUUGGCUUCUAAAGCCAUGUCAAGGCAUUUUAGAUGUUUGAGAGAUGGGAUUGUGGGUCAGAUCAAGUCCACCAAGAAGGCCAUGGGAGAGAAAGACACUGCUGCACCCGGAACAACACGGGGCGAGACUCCUAGGCUUAGGCUUCUUGAUCAGACUUUGAGGCAGCAUAGGGUAUUCCAGCAGAUGAGCAUGAUGGAGAGUCAUCCAUGGAGACCCCAACGUGGCCUACCCGAGCGAGCUGUGUCGGUGCUUCGAGCUUGGCUCUUCGAGCACUUCCUCCACCCGUACCCAAGUGAUGUUGAUAAACAUAUAUUAGCCAGACAAACUGGUCUCUCAAGAAGCCAGGUAUCUAAUUGGUUCAUUAACGCAAGAGUGAGGCUAUGGAAGCCGAUGGUGGAAGAGAUGUACUUAGAAGAGACAAAGGAGCAAUUAGACAGCAACAUGGCCUCGUCCUCGGAUGGACUAAUUACAGCCAUGCUUGACAAUUAUGGUCCAAAGCAAAGUCCUCGGACACAGCAUCCUGAUCAAGAUCUGAAAUUGAAAUCUGACCAGCUCGUUGGAAUAGAUUCAGAGUGCCUCUCUUCCAUCAUCAACAACCAAGAGAAAAACGACGGUACUAAAAAUAGUAGUAAGAGCCCUCAAAAUCAGCAGCCUCACAACUUGCACCACCAGCAAUUUGGCAGUGUCACGGGCACGUUUGGUGCCAUGGAAUUGGACUUCUCCUCAUACAGUCAUCGCUCAGCCGGGGCUGUUUCUUAUGGUAAUAACGAAAAUGAGCAUCGUAAUUUUGGUGGCGCGGGUAGUAACAUUGGUGGCUCCACUUUGACAUUGGGUUUGCAACAGCAUAAUGGUGGGAAUAAUGGGGUGAGCUUGGCAUUUUCACCCACAUCACAGAAUUCUCUAUUCUACAAUAGAGACCACAUUGAAGAUUGCCAGCCAGUUCAGUAUUCGCUUUUGGACGCGGAGGGACAGAAUUUGCCUUAUAGGAACUUGAUGGGUGCACAAUUGCUUCACGACUUGGCCGGAUAGAAAUAAAAGCAGAAAGAUCAAUUGAGCGAUGAUCAGCUGGCCGGUGAUGUUUGCCGGAGUACGUACUUGUCAAAUGAUGGCAGAUAACUACAUGGGAUCGAUAUAGAUAAAAAUACUUGAUACAUAUAUAUAUAUAUAUAUAUAUAAAGCUAUACCUAAUUGGGGGGUUAGAUACACUGAAAAUACACUCCACACUUCCAUGGCUAGCUAGUUAUUUUACAUGUUUUUGUUGCUUAAUUGGAAGAUCAUUUUGAUCACAAUUAGGCUGGACUAUUGGAAAUGCCAGUGGUUAAUGCUGAAAUUAGUAUAUACAGAUAUUUCUUUCCUCUUUUGGGUAGAUUAUAUAUGUAACUGAACAAAUUAACAUAUUAUAUUAAUUGGCAAGGUUCUCUCC